UUCUCUUAAUAAGAAAAUACUUUUUUUUUUUUUUUUUUUUUUGAAUAAAUAUCUGUUAUAUAUUUUAUUUCAUAAUGUAUUUCGAAUUAGAAAAAUAUAUUUUUUUUUAUUGCGUUGAAGACAGAAAUGACAGUGUCAAAAACUCUUUUAUUCGUUGUUUAUGGUGUAAUGAAAGGAAUACAAACUUUUAUGUAUGCUUGGUAUGGAAGCAUCAUUAUAUCCGAGGGUGAAAAUUUUCGCAGAAAGAUAUAUUGUUGCAAAUGGUAUGCAUAUGGUAAUUUAUCUAUUAUGAAAAAGAUUCUUUUUAUAUUAACACAAAAACCAAUGGUAUUGGUAGCAUGUCAUUUUUUUUCUAUCUCAUUAGAUAUGUUUCUUAAGAUUAUCAAUACGUCAAUGUCGUAUUAUUUUUUAUUACAAACAUUCGAAGAAAUGAAUGUACGUUAAUUUGUUAGAAAUGUUUAUCUAUAUCUCUGUAAUAGUAUAAAUUUGUAGAUAUCAUUCAAAUAUCAUUUAAUUAUCAAAUAAUUAUUUUAUUAGUUAAGUGAUAUAAUAAGGAGAAAUAAAAGAACUUUUUCAUUAGCUACGUAGAUGUUGAUAUUAGAUAUGAAUUAUAAUUAGGAUAAAAGUGUGAUAAAAUUUUCCAUUUAAUAAGUGAAAACUAUUUUAAAUUAUUCACAGGAAUAGUUUAAAAAAAUGUUAUUUU